AUGGCACUCUAUCAACUACCUAAAGCAGCAAUAAAUACACUUAGGUUAACUAUUAAAGGUGCACCUUCGCAGCCGUCAACUUCAAUAUUACCAAUGGUGAUGGAGCAGUUUUUGGAUCGACUGGCCGACCCAUCACCAUCACAUCAUGUACUCAGAGCACCCUUUAUUCGUCCUCUCCUCAACAAAAAGGCUUCAGAGAAGCCUCUUUUUGGUCUCCUUUCGACACUCUAUCAACCAGAACCAGAGCAUCUGGAACCCGACUCCCCAUUGCAAAAACAGCUCAUUGAAUUCUUCGAGGAGAAGAAAUAUACAUUGCUCAUGCAUAGCUCCAUUGAAGAAGACCUGCCUGUAUUUGUGUAUUGCAUUCACCGGAAACGACUCUUGGGCGCACCAGAACUCGUCUUCAACGACGCCUACAAUACGGCAUUAAUCAAUUCCGGCAAGCAUCAAUCUAUCAUUCAUGCCAUUUCGGUAUUGUCCCAUCAAUUUAGCCUGAUGCUCCAGGCUCAGGCGGAUCCUUUAUUCAAAGUUGCUACUUCUCGGAGGCCUUCAGACGUCGAUAGCAGUAAGGGUGCGAAUCCAAUCCGCAGAGCGGCUUACACAGAUUUCCAACUCGAAAAGAGAGGUGGAGAUUGGCAGAUUGCCGGGUGCUUGCAAUCAGAUGUUCGCGGCGAAUCCAACAAGAGCCCCUCCAACGACAUCCCCUACUACAGACCAAGGUUGCUCGACCAACGAGUCAUUACUUCAUGGGCUACGGCAUGGAACAAAAAUCAAUACAACCCCGACGUGGCCAAUCUCUCCUUCUUCACUAUGGAGAAUACCGUUCCAUGGGAGUCCGUGGUCGAUAUGAUCCCAAAGAGAGUUGGAAAGGGUGAUGAGGCGAAAACCAUCCUUGUUGCUCCUAAAACUACACGCAAAGUAGCCUUUAUUUCUGCUCCUACGAGCGAGGAAAUGGAGCCAAUCAAACCAACAGGUAAGAAUGUCACAAGGGAGCUGGAACCCGAAGAGAAUCUCGGGAAUUGGGAAAAGGGUCCUGCGGUGUUGCGUAUGCACCGUCAGAGGGCGUAUUGGAUCGACAAGUUGUCGUCUGCCGACCUGGACCAACUCGGAGAAGGAGAGUCGCCGUCUCAUCUUCCUCAUAUGAACCAGCCCCCACGAAGAUCGAAUAGAGCUCAUCAGCCCACGGAUUCUGGUAGCAGCUACCCUCGUCGGCGGACGACGGGGGCGAACAGUCAGGCCGUGAACCAGGGUUCGAGGAAGUGGGGGGUACCCUCAGAAUCUUCAGAGACAUCGUCAACUACCAGUCAGUCGGGUUGGACUCCUAGGGAGAGGCAAGCCCCGCCUUCACGCCCUUCACGCACCUUUGGUGAGGUCAAGCCUUCUGGACAAGGAAGACGGUUCGGAGGUAGUUAG